AUGGCCAUUGAGAACAAGCCAGGUGCAAAAGCCGCAGGCAAGGCUCGUGCCAAAGGAGGGCACUCAUCUCCUCUCACAGUAGGGUUCUCAGGAGAUGAAGAACAGCAACCACAACCUGCUAUAGACAAUGCAGCAAUGCACCUGCAUGAUGGACAUCCUGACAUUGCAAAAGUGCAAUGUGCACGCCCAGUGACUAAAGGAGGCCAAUCUGCUCUCACCAAGACCAUGCACCUCUUGCAAGAAGAUGAAGACUUGCAGAGUAAUAGCAGAGCUGUGCAGCCUGAGACAUCAGUUGAUUGUUCAACCUCUGUGCAAGUCACCAAAGCACCCAUUCUUCCAGCAGCGCCGUCUUCCCCAUGUAAAACCGAACUUCCUGCUGAACACACAGGUGGUAAUGGACAGUCUGGCCAUGUCCAAGAUGUGCCUCCCCCACUACUGCAAAAUCUACCAUGUGCCCCAUCUGAGGAUAUUCAUCCUAGCCCCAUCAUUUCUAACCUUGAUGCACCAGAACCUCGCCAUGUUGACCCUUGUGGGGCACACAACAAUCACUCCUACAGCUCUCCUGCACUCCCCAAUGAUGAUUAUCACCCCAGUGAUGCACUACAUGGUGCAUACAUGUACCAUGAAGACUUGGGCCAGCAUGCAUAUGCCAGGCGACCAUGA